AACACUCUGUCCUUGCAUCUCUGUGACCUUCACUGACCUGAUCCUGCUGGUCCAGCUUCACAAUGUCUUCUGUGAUCGCUCUGCCUUCGGCGUGUCCGAUCAAACCUCCCAAAAAGAGGGCCCGCUCCCAGAAGAGGGCGGUGUCAGCCCUGAUCCUGAAGGCUGUGUCGGGAUCUGGGCAGCGUGGCGGAGUGUCCCUGGCAGCCCUGAAGAAGGUGCUGAAAGCUGGAGGAUACGAUGUGGUCAAGAACAAGGGCAGGAUCAUCGUCGCCAUCAGGCGUUUGGUGAACAAGAAGUCUCUGGUGCAGACUAAAGGGAGCGGGGCGGCUGGCUCCUUCAAGCUGAACAAAAAGGCUCCAAAAUCCCGGAAGAGGAGGGUGGUGAAGAAGAAGAAGCCAAAGAAGGCCACGAAAGCAAAGAAGGCUAAGAAAGCAACUGGAGGAGCCAAGAAGGCACCAAAAAGGAAGAGGAAGACUAAGAGCCCCAAGAAAGCCAAGAAACCUGCAGCCAAAAAGUCCAAGAAGGUAAAGAGACCCAGGAAGAGCAAGGCCAAGUCCACCAAAACCAAGGCUGCUGCCAAGAAGUGAAGGCUGCUCCUCUGUGGAACCCAGAGGCAUUUCUCCAGCCUGAUGGUCUGCGUGGACUAAGAUGCAUUUAAUGCAAUGAGUUUGUUUCAUCCGUUGUUUUCUUUAGCAAAUACUAAAUCUGCUGUUUUAUCUCUUCACCCUUCUUCCUGUUCUUCUUCUGCUCUAGUUGUAAUACACUGAAAUGCAUUGAUGGAAAUAAAAUUAUAUAUUCAUAAUACUUUAAA